UUUCUUAUUACUUUGCGAUGCGAUCAUAAAAUACUAUUUGAAUAACACAGAUGUCAGUUGACCAGCAAAAGUUGCACGCAGGUGCUUUUUGGUGAUUAAACGAAGUGUUUACUCUGUUACUGUCUACCACCAUCAAGGAGUCACAACAUCCUGUCGCACAUCUGUAAUUAUAAAACAAGUCAGGAUCACAACACAACGAUUAAACCAAAAAAGACAAGAGAAGCAAAGUGUUGUUGUUUAUUGUUGUUAUUUAACGAAUUUGCAUAAGUUGCGUUUAUUAUGAAUGAUAUACGGCUUUUAAAAGAUCAGCAACGAGAUAAACAUCCAGGUUUCGAUAGUUAUAUGAAUUGUAUGACCAGAGCAUUAUUUACCGGCUUGGCUUCAUUUUGCUUAGGAUUCUCUGGCACAUAUUUCGCGCAAAAAGUCAUACAAAAAAAGUUAUACUAUCCUUUACAAUAUAACAUAUUAAUAUCAGUAUUAACAGCUACUGGCAUAGCUUACCACUUAACGAGCAUCCGCACAAAAUCUUGUCAAGCCGCGUGGAUGGCAGCUGAAGAUAAGCAUACUAUAUUAAAAGAAAACGAAUAUUGAUUCAUAUCAGUACAAGACGAGCGAC